GGCCGCCCCAUGCGCAGCCGCGCCUGCCGGGCGCGCCUCGCCUGCCGGGCGCGCCUCCGCGGGCCCGUGGCCGCGGCCCCGCCGCCCGCCGGGGGGGGGCUCGGCGCGGGCGGAGGCCGGCGGCCGGCGCCGAUGGCGGCGGAGUCGCACUACGCCGCCGUGGUCGCCGUGUACGAGACGGCGUGGUGCUACAAGGAGGACGGGGACUUUCAGAAGUGGAUGCUGGAGCAGGUGUCGAGCUUGCUGCCGACGCCCUGCUCUGCCCUGGUGGACAUCGGCUGCGGCACGGGCGCCUUCUCGGCGGCGCUGGCGGAGCAGGCCGGCGUGCCCGUGGUGGGGGUGGAGCCCUCCGCUGAGAUGGCCGCCAAGGCGUCCGAGCGAGGGCUCGAGGUUGAAGUGACCGACGCCAUCGCCUGGUCGGUCUCCGCCGGGGAGAGGCCGUUCGACUUCAUGCUGCUCAAGGAGGUGCGGCACCACAUCGAAGACCCGCUCCUCUUGUACAGCAACCUCGCGAGGAGGCUGCCACCCGGCGGCAAGGUGGUACUGGUCACCCGGCCCGACGACGCCGAGGGCUACCCGUUUCCUGGGCAUGAUAAGUGGGCAGCGGGGAACUUGGUCAAGCUGCCCGAGCACGUUCAGGCGCUUGCAGACGCGGGCCUGACGGCAACGGUGGAGGAGCGGCCGUACCCCGUCUCCAUGCCCAGGGCCGAGUGGGAGCGGCUGGUCCGCGCGCAGUUUUGGUCUUUCCUGCACGAGCUGAGCGCGGAUGACAUCGACGCGGGCCUCAGGGACCUCGGCCUGCAGGAGACCGUGCGGUUCAACGACCGCAUCACCUUCGUUGUCGGUUGCAAGCCCGCGGCGAAGACCGGGUGCCAAGGCGACGCCCUGCCGCCGUUUCUGGCGGGGUGAACUCGUCUCGCUAGGUGGCUAAAGGACUCUGAUGGUUCUCCGGAGGGUGCAAUGAGAGAAGGGACGAGAUUACACGUCUGGGCCUGGAUCACUCCAAGGCACAAGCCGGCCCCGAGCAAUUGGAUCGCGAUCCAAAUUUUCUUCUGGGACUCGCAAGGCUAACCCCGCGAGGCCCGAAAUUGACGGCCCGCUCGCGCGCGACGGCGCGCACGCUGGGGAAGCCCCUGGGCCUAGGGCCCGUUUCUCUUUGGACCCCUGCUCCGCCAGGGCGACGAAUUUUCAUCCCCUCUGCCUUUCAGGAUCCGAGGCCUUCGGGUGUCGGUCGUUGCACAAAUACAUUCUACCAUUCGGCUUGCCGUUGGCAUGUGUGCGUGCCAGUUGCAUUGGCGACAACUUUGAAGCCCGCAAGUUGCUUGUCAGCUUUCGUCUCCAGUGCAGACCUGCCUUCUUUCUUCGACAGGAGUUGCCCUGCUUUGCUGAUGAAGUUCCCGCCCAGACAAAACAUGCCACCAACGCGACCCAAAUUGGGAAACGACUCUUGAGUUGCAUUGCUUGGCA